UCACUAAUCAGUUCAAGUCCUGACAGCACUCGUGCAAGGUGUGGAACGACAGCGGUCCCAGGAAAAUGGCGGAAACUUAUUGUGAUGCGAAUGAAUUCCUGUUGCAUGCUGCUGAGAACGGCUCAGUCGCGGGCAUUGAAAUGGCGUUGAAAGCAGGUGCAGACAUCGACUACGAUCACGUGGACAGUGAGGUCUCCAGCACUGGCACAGCGCUGUUCCUAGCUUCCAACAGGGGACAUGUAGAUGUAGUGAGGCUCCUGCUCCGCAAGGGGGCGUCUAUGGUGAAGAGAGCCAAGAGUGCAUUUGCUCCUCUUCACACAGCAGCGCACAUGGGAAACACAGAAGUGAUGGAAGUGCUGGUGCAGCAUGGUGCAACAUUAGAAAUAAAGGACGGCUUCCAGAACACACCACUCAUGACUGCUUGCAUCUACAAUCAUGUCGACACGGUUAAACGGCUGAUCGAGCUUGGAGCAAGACCUUAUGUGCCAGACGACUAUAUGGGCGAGAUGUGGGGAGACUUCAGUAGCGAGAGUUUGCAGCUGGUAGAAGAGGCGAGGAAGACCAAGCUGUUGAGAUGCUGCAACCCUAAGUGUGGCAAACCAGGCUACAGGUCAGCCCUGAAGCUGUGUGGCCGGUGUAAGCUGACCCGCUACUGCAGCCGUGACUGUCAGAUACAACACUGGACUGUCGGACACAAGAAGUGCUGUGGGCAUGACGCGUACACUAACGAGGGACCAACCCCCUUCUUCAAAUUCUUCAAGUCCAUGGCAGAUGAUCUGAUAGCACAGGCACGUGCACGUGCAAAAUAAUUGUUACUACAUGUACUUCUGAUCUUAAACACGUAAUGGCUUGUCAUCCCGAAGAACUGUUGAGCAAACGUUUCCGCAACAGUCAUAUGUAAUGUAGCAAACAAUAAGUGACAAUGUAACAUGUUGCCAAACCUGAAGCGUUUUCUAUCUAUUUCUUAUGGUUCUUGUAUCCGCUAAAUUUUGUUGUUUUGUCGUUUUUGUUUUGCUUUUAUUUUGAAGGCUAAUACUGUUUAUAAAGACAUUGUUUUAGCUUGGAUGGUUUUGAAGUGAACAAGUUGAAAUGUAACAUGGGCAGUCGGGACUCUACCAAGAAACAUUUGCAGUGACCACACACAUUUCCUUUCGUAUCCGUGGGUGCUGUGCGCAUGACGUGUACCCUGACGAGGAACCAUUACCCUUCCAAAAUAAGGUCGACGUGGCGUUAAUGGCAAAACGCAUCCUAGAACAUUUAAACCAAGAUUAAGUCUAGUAGAGUUUGUUUUACAACUUUGUACAUCCAGCAGGUCAUGUUAUCGAAGGCAUGAAACUACUUUUGUUUCUAUACCAAGAACUGUUGAGCACACGAUGCCGCUAAAGCCACAUAUCGAAGUAACAAGUUGCAUGUUAAACAAAACCUUCAUUUAGCCAUUCUUUACUACAGGUAAUGAUGUUGGAGUCUUUAACGUAGAACACGAUGUUGUGUCAAGUCAAUCAUACAGUUAAAUGGCCUUGUUUGGAUUAUCUUAGAAAUGAAAGUAAACUUCAGUGAAAGUGUCCAUCUGUACAGUCAGAUUUUAACGAAACUACCUUUGCAGUGACCACACUUCCUGUUGUUAAAUCAAUGAUGAUUGUUUGUUUGUUUUAUUUGAUUUGCAUAAGAUAUAGCCACAGAUAUGUUUUAACGUUAUGUUCUCAUUGGAUCGCAUUUCAUGCUAUAAAGGUGACUUUUCUACUGAACUGACUGUUGAGUGUUGUAGUUAGACUGUUAGAUCAAUGAUAAUAGACUGACAUAGAAUAUAGUCACAGU